AUGUUACCGCAGUUCUUAACUGAUCAAUAUCCUUUGGAGCAACAUUUAUUUUUGAUACCAAAGUAUAGUUUACGUUUAAUAGGUUGUGAUCCAGAAUCACCAAAAACAUAUACACUCUAUAUAUGGGCUGCAAUAAAUUUCAUAAAUUUGGCUUCAUGUGUUACAGCGGAACUCACUUUUGGCAUCUAUAAUCUAUCACUUGAUCCGCUAACUGCAUUGGAUGCGUUAUGUCCUGCUGCUACUAGUACAAUGUCUCUGUUUAAAAUGAUCAGCAUUUGGAUGUAUCGUGAUGAGUUCUCUUCGCUCAUGGAACGGAUUCGGGUAUUAUUGUUAAAACAAGAAAAUAGUGAACCUAAAAAUCAAUUGAGGCGCGAACUCUUCACGCUAACGACACGUCUAUCAGCUAUCGUUUUCUUUUUGGCCAUUUGUACUACAACUACAUUCACAAUACGUCCAUUGGUCUCCAAUCUAUUUCGAUAUUUAAGUGAUUUGGAUUAUGCACACGAAAUGCCAUUUAAGCUCAUGUAA